AAGAUAUCGUACUUUUAUUUGUUUAGCACCAGUCUAUCACUUGGAAUUUUUUAUCAUCAGUUGGUAAUGGCAUAGGUAUUGGUGCAUACGGUCUGUGGUCCAUUCUGUCAGAAAUGUGCUACUUUUAGGAAAAACCUUUUUUGCAAAGUAUACGUUCGCAUUUAGCAUUAAGCAUCAUUUAUUUUGAUUGAACUGUACCAUCGUGGUACGUCAAUCUCUGAACCUUCAAGAAGUAUUACAUAAGCUGGCAGCGAUGAAUGUGUCAAAUACAUUUUGACGUUAACUUUUUUGACAGCACAAUUUUGUAUACUCAUGUUUGCUUGGAGUUCUUGCUAAUUUUGCUUUGUCGAGGACUUUAUUAGUGAAAAACCAAAAUGAGUCUCGCCGAAAUAUGCGGAUUACAAGAUUUCGACACGUUCAAAUCCAGAAACGUGUACAAAAAUGAUCUGGAUAGCUUCUGCACCAAUUUCAACCAUAAUAUGCAGCUAGGUGUACCUCCUUUUUCAAACCCUGCUGAAAAUCUAUCACGGUUCACAAAAGACGAAAUGGGCAGGGAAAUCAAGAUCAAGUUUGAUCAUGGCACCACUACUUUAGGCUUCAAGUAUCAAGGGGGCAUUGUCUUAGCAGUAGAUUCUAGGGCAACUGGAGGACAAUUUAUUGGAUCUCAAACUAUGAAGAAGAUCGUAGAAAUCAAUAAAUAUCUUCUAGGUACUUUGGCUGGUGGAGCAGCUGAUUGUGUAUAUUGGGAUAGAGUCCUGGCAAAACAAUGCAGAAUGUAUGAAUUGAGAAAUAGAGAGCGUAUCUCUGUGGCUGCAGCAUCAAAGCUGAUGACAAAUAUGAUCUAUAAUUACAAAGGCAUGGGUUUGUCUAUUGGUAUGAUGAUUGCUGGAUGGGACAAAAGGGGUCCUCAAUUAUACUAUGUCGACUCUGAAGGCUUAAGAACACCUGGAAAUGUUUUCAGUGUGGGUUCAGGCUCCAUCUAUGCUUUUGGUGUGUUGGAUUCUGGCUACAGAUGGGACUUGACAGAUGAAGAGGCCUAUAACCUAGGUCGCAGGGCUAUUUACCAUGCUACACAUAGAGAUGCCUACUCUGGGGGUAUUGUAAGAGUAUACCACAUGAAGGAGACUGGAUGGGAACAUAUUGAUAACAACGACUGUAAUGAUUUGCAUUAUAAGUAUCAGGAGGAGAAGAAAGUUAGAGAAGAACAAGGGGAUGCCUAAAUUGGUUUCAGUGUUGGUUUUUUGAUUUGUGUAUUAUUUCUAUUUGAAUAAACAUAUAAUUUAACUUUUA